AUGUACACUUACACACGUUCCCACAGAGAUAAACGCAGAUCCAAUCGACUGCAACCCUACACACCAAACGACAACCUGAACAAUGCAUUAGGUGCUAUCAGAGUCCUUGGUUUGGAACUGAUAGAGGAUGAACUUAAACCACAUCUGAACACAGUGCUGGCCAACAUUAAAGAGAGGAACAAAGGUGCUGCUGAGCAGGUAGUGAUCAGUGGGAUCCUGCCAAUUCUGGCGCUGUCUCUGAGGAGAAGAGGGCCUCUCGCUGUGCUGACCGCAAAACUAGUGGCUGAACUCGCCAAGGAAUCUGUGGUUUGUAAAGGUUUUGGUGAUGCCGGUUUGGUUCCGGCUCUGCUGUCUGUGCUGACCAGUAAGGAUCAAGAACUGCUCCUUCACGCUGCCAGAGCUAUCUCACGCAUGUCUUAUGACAGCUCUAAGCUGCAGGAACUGUUACUACGUCGAGGUGCAGUGCCUCGUCUUGUUGCCAUCCUGCUCCGUUUUCCUGACAAGGAGGCCCUGGAGGAGGUGUGCCUUCAGGCGCUCUGCAACCUGAGUGGCAUGGGAGUGGCAGAGGAGGCUGGAAUGGUCUGGGAGAGAGGUGCAUCUAUGAGGCCUGGGGAGUCUGUUUUCCAUGGCGUCUCUCCUCACACCUGUGGCUUCGCCUCCUCUGUGACUCUGGUGUGUGUGUCUCAAUGGGCACCAGGUCAGUAUGCAGUCAACAUCGAGGUUUUCCAGCGCUGCUCCUCCUCCUUCUGGAACCUUCACGGGAACAAGCGGACUGCUCGUUGGUUCCCGUUUUCCAGCUUGGGGAGCUGUUCAAAUCUGUACAAGGUGAUAAAGUUCUCUACAAGGAAUGUUCCCCGAACCAGAAGUCUGAAGGCUCGUGUGUUCCACACUUUCCUCUGACAGCUACUGCAAACAUGGUGGCCUAACCUAACUGCCAUACAAAACUCUGAGGGGAUUACUGCAACCUUUCUAAUUACCACCAGUUAUUGGUACACACCAAAACAUUUGAUAAAUAUUUACACAACAUAAACCUGAACAUGCAUACUUGGACAUACUGUGAAUGCUUCCAAAUUACUUUCGUCUAUUCUGGGUGACUUUUAUCUUACAUUUUUGUGCUUGCUGUUCCUUGGCUCAGUUUGUAUGUUUUGAAAAGGACAGUUUUUUUCUGAAAAGUGGACUUUUAUAACCCGCCGCUUAAGGAAAAACACACUCAGUCACAGC